AUGUUAGUGGGCCGCUUUGAAAUUCUGUCUUUACGUGGAUCAUUUACAUUUGGCAAAAAAAAUGGGGCACGAGCACAUAGCAAAACUGGCAUGUUAAGUGUUUCUCUCGCAAAACCUGAUGGCGGGGUUUUUGGUGGCGGUGUUGUUGGCUCCUUAAUAGCAUCGGGACCUAUUCAACUAAUUUUGGCGAGUUUCAAGCAAAAUAUUAGUAAGAAUAUCAAAUUGAGUCAAUUGGCUAAUUCUUCAACAGCUGGUGGGACUUUGCUUGCGGAUUCAGAAAUUGCAAAAUUUCCCAUACAAAUUGCAGCAAUUACAGAGGGUGAAGGGAAUUGCACAGACUCUGCUAAUACAUUACCUGUAAGCCAACAACACAUGUUGAAAAUUGGUCCUCAAGAUAUAUUUCAGCUUCCACAACCCAUUUCAGGAGAAAGGGCACUGUCUCCAGAUAAAAAUUCCAUUAAUAAUAUUUGAAGUAAGGGUUGUGGGAUUCUUAAUUUCUUUUUCUUUCUGUUAUGUUUCUGAUUAUAGCCCUUAAUUUGGUUUGGUGUUGGUAAGACUUUUAGAUGUGAGGAUUUUGAGUGUGAGAACAAAUAUGUCAUUUUGAAAUAUCGAAUACCUUUAGUUUAAUUA